AUGCACGCGGUUGGAUUGCACUCGGCGCUGGCCAUCAAGCGUCAGCGAAUGCGCCGGGACGAGCAGCGUCGCGCGCGCGAGCGUCGUUAUAGCGCGCAAUCGGGCGAAAGCGGCCUGACGUCGCCUAGGGCCUCGACCGGAUCGCUGGACCAUCACGGCAGGCAUCACAAGGGGACGCAUGGCGGGGGGCGCGCGGCCGGCCAGGGUAUGCUGGACACGAAGGUGGUCACCUCGAUCGGGAUGCUGCACAUCGGCGUGGUGUUCAUGGUGCUAGGCGCCUUCCUGCUGACGAGCGGCUUACUACCGGGCGACCUCGCCCACUGGGGCACCAAGGCAUCCGGCGGCUGGUGGAACGAGCUCGUCGCGAUCGGCCUCUUCGCGAUCAUCGUCGGGAUCUUUCUCAUCGUUCUGAAUCGCGUGAUCGCCAAGAAGGAGGAGGACGAUCUCGAGGAGUACGUGCAACGACAGCUCACCAGAUCUCGAUCGGGCCAUCGAUUGGAGCGGGACGUGGAGACCGGCGGACUGACCACCCGUCAUGCCAGACGAGCCAAGCAGAUGAGACAAGUGUCCCUCUCGUCGGACACCUCUCUCGAGAUCAAAGACAACUGCAAGAUCGACGGUGGUGGUGGUGGUGGUGGUGGUGGUGGUGGUUGCGGUGGUGGCGGUUCACCACCGCGUAGUCCGCCGCCGGCGUACACGCCUCAGAUCGCGAUCAAUGUCGACAAUCAAACGGCGGCUCAAUCGGCCCUCUAUCUCGAGCAGAUCACCGAGGAGGAGAUCAUCAGCGAUCGCGUCGAGACCUCGACCACCAACAGUCUCAGUCCAGGCUCGCCCAGCGAGACUCGAGAACUCCUACAGAACGCGCGAUACUCGAAGCAGAACGGAAAUCCGCAACAGGUUCAUCGGCCACAUUACGUCUCCAAGAUCUAGACGGUAGGAUCGAGAGAGAAUGAAAGAAGCGAGGCGAGGCGAGGCGAGGCGAGGCGAGGCGAGGCGAGGCGAGGCGACGCGACGCGACGCGACGCAACGCGAAAGAGUCUACUUUUUAUCCAGAAUUCUUAUCGGCGUCUUCCGACCGGCAGUAUUCUUGGGAAUGAAAUUCCGUAGUCAACGUAUAUAGUGUAUUUGCGACGCGGACGAGUCUUACGCGAAAUUGCGAGAAAACAAACGAGAGCGAUACGCGAUGCUACUCGCGAAAUAUACUCUGAAUCAGCGGAUUCGGAAAGAUGAAAUCCUUCCGAGUUGGAUUAAGCAGCGACUUUUACGCGUUUUAAAGCGACUUUACGUGUCGCGGCCUCGUAUUUGCGACGCGCGUCGUGAUAUCUGAGCGUUUCUCCCGAUCAAGCUCGGGGCGAUCAAGCGAAACUUUCGAUAAUCAUGCAUACAUAGUCACAAACAUAAACAUAUACACGUACAACACGCUCGGCGAACAAAGUAGAAAAUGAAGAAUCGAAUUCAAGGACCAAGAACGCUACCCGUGGAAAUUAGAGUUAUUAUUGUAGAAAGAGAUACAACUUUGCGAAACGAUUUUGCUGUUAAAACGCAUAUAUAUAUAUAUAUAUAUAUUAUAUAUAAUAUAUAAUAUAUAUAUAUAUAUAUAUAUUAUAUAUAUAUAUAUAUAUAUAUAUAUAUAUAUAUAUAUAUAUAUAUAUAUAUAUAUUGGCAAGUUUUCGAUAAAUAAUUCGAUGGAAAUAAUCGUUUCUACUUCAACAAUCUAUUAGUAUAAUAAGCGAUGGCAUGUAUUACGAUAAGCUUCGGUGCACUUUUCAUUUGCCUUGCAUAGGUUCUCUUAUUAACCCUCUCCCCCCCCUCCCGUUUGUCUUGCACAAGUUCGAUUUUUUUAUUAAUCAAACUACGUAUUGUGGAUUGGACUCGAAACUCUGAAUUGUUAAUUAGACUAUCAGAUAAAAGAAUUGCAGAGCGGGUGAGCCUCUAUUUUUGCUAUCUGUAACACACAAUUCAUGUCAAUGCAUAUCGAGAUUCGACCGUUUAUUGUGACUGUGUGACAUAUGUGAACAUAGAAUAUAGAUUCUUAAAUGUACGCGAUUUAUAUUCAGUCACAAUUAGAAGCAAGCGGCAUUUUUUAAUAAAUUUGUGGUGAAACGGAGAAUCCACAUUCAAUGAUUCGCAAUCCGGAUCUGAUACGUAAUGAGUCACGCGAGCUUAUCACGGAUAAGCCCUAUUCUACGAUUCAUAAUCCAGAUUUUAAGCUACUUUUAUCCGAUUAGCUAAUCAAGGAUGUGUAUAUCACAUUUCCAAGUAUUACCAAAAAUUUAAAAACUCCAUAGACUGUUUUACUAUUACGUUUGAGUAUGUGUAAAUUUAAAUUUAAUUCUCUUUUUGAUUUAAGGAUAUUUUGGCUCCACGAUACCUAAAAGUUAUCAAAAUUUAAAAACUGUAAGCUUCAUAAGUUUAUUCUUUUUUCCUUUUAAACAAAAUAAAAAAAAUUUGAUCUUGAAUAUCCAAAUUUUGGUGCAAAAACGAGUUACAGAAGAGAAAAGCACCAAAAAAUUUGGCCUAUUAUAGCUUAUGCUUUGAAGUAAAACUUUUAAACGAGUAAGUGGAUCCAAAUUAAUUUUUGGUCAAAUUUAAGAAUUUUAUUAAUACGUGUAAAAAAUUUAAUUUAAUACGUAAUAUGUGCUACUCAUAAAUGCUUUCUUAUCAAAUUUACAAGCAAGUAGUAUAAAACAUGAUUCUACAUAAAAAUCAAAAAUAAACAAAAAACAAUUCAAUAAUUAAGUUUAAUUAAUAAUAAACAAAAGAUAAGAUCUCUAAAUAAGAAAAUUAUGCUAAUUUUAUACAGAUACUGAAACAGCUAAUAAUAGAACAAUCUACGAAAGUCUUAAAUUUUUAGUAAUGUGAUUUAAAAAUGUGACACAUACAUUCUUGAAAUUAAAUGUUCCUAUUAAAUAUUUUGUUUAUUCUUGCUUCACACGCAAAUUUGCGUUUUGCAAAUUUGAUGAGGAAGUAGCAAUGAAUUAAAUUAUGAAUAAAAUCAAUUUUUUUUUACAUAUGCCACUGAAGCAAAAUAAGGUCAUUUUCGCUGCAUAAAAUUAUCAUGAAUAAAAUUUUUCAUUGUUUUUUUUUUUACAUAGCAGUUUCAGUACUAAAAUUCUCCUAUAUUCACAAUCGAAAGCUUGUGUCGUUAAAUAGGAAAAAGAGAAGAAAUUUAAAAAGCCUGCAAUUUUUUAAAAUUUCGAUUAAACUUUUAGCUGUAAUAUCGUAGAACUAUAACAUCAUUAACAAUUCAGCAAUUUGCAAUGCGAAUCCAAUCCAUUGUUUCCAAACAUCGAGACGCUUAAAGAAACAUAUUUCUACAUAUUGAUCAAAAUGAUAUUUACGUAAAAAUGCACUUGUUAUUUCUUUUCUUCAAUCAUUAAUUGAGCAAUUAAAACAGAUCUCAUUUAAAGCGAAAAUUAUGACGAAAAUUAUUACUUACAUCGUUACAUUUAAUAUUGUCGCGCAUACAGCGUCGAAAAUGAAAGAGUUAUUUAUACAUGUACGAUGCGAACGGAAGACGAGAUCUCUGAAACGAAGACGGUUCGACGACAUUCCGAAAUUUGAUUUCGAUAUAUUUUAGCGUUAAUCCUGUAACUAUAAAAAGGCGAUUGAUGUGCAUAAUACGUGUACGUACGUAAAAAAAAAAAAAAUUGCAACUAUUCGUCCAGCGACUGUUGGCGCAGCAGUAUUGUUAAGCUAGUCGAUAAUUUGUAUGCUAUAUUCCUUUUUAUAAUAUAAUUAAGCAUUUAUUUACACGUAAACACACGUACUAGCUUUAGUCGGCGAGAUAUCCCCAGGGACGAAUGACGUCGCGCGCAAUUCUCCCUUAAUAGAUAUAUGACUGUGUAUGCGCGCAUGUACGUUUAUCAUUCCAUGAAUCAGUGAACGUAAUUAUGCGCGUUCGUUCGUGCGUUUGUUCGUUCGUUCGUUCCUUCUCGGAUAUCUCUUGAAAAUGAAAUAUCGCUAUGCUCGGGCGCUACUAUUCUGUGAUCCUAAGAGAAGAGAAGUUAAUCGUCAAACACACAUCAGAUGAAUUUAUUGAAGAUGUUCUUUCGAGCGGUAUCGUGCGCGCGUGUGUACUAUCCGUAUACAUUAUUACUAAUACACCCACGCGCGCAUGCUGCAUAAUUACGUGCUGUUUUUAUCGCCAUAGCGGGGCACUCUGAUUAUUUCUUAACGGAAGGAAUGUCCCUACUAUACAUUUAAUUGUACGUAAUUACAAUUUUUUAUGCCUUUUGCAAAUUUAAGAAUGUAAAAGUGUGUGUGUGUGUGUGUGUGUGUGUGUGUGUGUGUGUGUGUGCGCGCGCGCGCGUGUGUGUGUGUGUGUGUGUGAGAGAGAGAGAGAGAAGAGUGCGAGUAGAAGAUUGUGGCGAACGGAUUAUAUAAAGAAAAGGAGAGAUAGACAAAUCCCGGAAGAGUACAGAGGUGUGAAUAGAAAGGGCGAAAUUCAUUACGAUUAAAUCGGAACCGAUUGUGGCGCGCGUAAAUAAAGUUGGGGAACAAAUUGGGACAAAUUGAUAGAGGUUGCCACAAAAUGCCAUUAAUAAUUCUCAAACAAACGAAAAAAAAAGAAUAAAUAAAUAAAUAAGAGGUCGGAUCUCGGGAUGUUCAGGAUUCUAAAUCACCCAGAUCACCCUUAAAUCGGUUUCGAGUUAAACGUCGUGCAAAAGUGCCUUUGGUAACGUGCACCCGGUAUUCCUUGGUAAUAAUCUCACCGAGUAGACGAAUACUCGUCUAUUCCUUGCCCCCUCACCCCCAACCCCCUAUACUCCUCGUACCUGUGUGUGAACGUUUCGAUACGCGCGUACAGAUGAGCGUUAAUCGUGUGGAUCGAUUAAAUUGUUUCCCCGAAUCACUGUGAUUGUACUUGUUCCGUUCCGUCGGAACAAGUAUAUAUAGCUUUUCAUUUCGGUCUCUGAUGGUCUCUGGGUUCGUUUGUUUAUUCUCGACUAAAAGGCUGAAAUCGCAAACUAAUCUUACUUAUACAUACAAAUACAUAUAUAUAAAUAUAUAUAUAUAUAUAUAUAGCGUGUAAGUCUCUCUCGCAAAAUUAAAUUGUAAGAGUAUACAUCUUCUUAAACUUAAGACUUACUCCUCGUGUACUAUCUCGAUUGAAAUUUCAUUGUUUACCAUGAUAGAUUUACAAAGCACACGAAUCCCUUUUCAGGCGGGAUGUCCGCCGGAGAAAGGUGUCUGCUCCAGACACACACGAACGUCCUCAGAUAAGUGGUACAAUUAUUAGUCUAUACACAUAUAUAGCGUCGCGUGUGCAGGCGCGCGCGCGCGCGCGCCUAUCGGUUUGAAACUUUUAAUAUUUAAACAAGUGCAUGAGCCGUAUAUCGAUUCCGACACAUAGGGAAGGUAAUCUUUAGGAGAAGACAAGUCUGCCUAUAGAGUUAUCCGUUGUCACGUUUGCUUCGCGCCGUUUCACUCGAGAGUCUUCUAGAGUUUCGCUAGGUUUUUACUCGCACAGGAUGUGAGAAUUCGCACCUCGUUUGUACGCUAUUUUUCAACGACAAAUUUCUCGACUUCCCCUUGACUGACAUUUCCUCCAACAAUGUCGAGGGAUGGAGAGAUCGUUUAUUACAGUUUUCCAAUCUUGAGCGUUACGCAUUUAAGCGUCGAUUUAGUAUUCUAUUAAACUUGCUCUAAGUUUAGCUAAAGAAUAAUAUAGCUGUUGAUCGUAGAUUACAAUCGAUUUCGCUUCCUAAACUCGUUGAAAGGAGCCUCUUCCUUCUCUUACUUUCUCGGUCGUUAAUUGUAAUUGGGGAAUUAUCGCUUGAACAUUUUCGUCAAGGAACCUUAGCGAAGAGGAAAAUGAUUGGACAAUGGGCGAAUGCGGAAUUUUCAGGAUUCAACCAGGUCGCAAAGCGAUUUUCCCGAAAGUCUUUAAACGACGAUAAAAACCUCCGCGUCGCGCGUCGCGGCGUUACGAAUGAUCCUGCCGAUUAGCUGUAGCUAACGACAACGAAGGAUCGCCGUUUCCUUGCUUCAGGCGAGAAGAAGAACGAAAGUUCCGAUGGUGAAAGUAUGUAUCGCCAAGUAUGUAUUAUAUACACGAGGCGCAAACGAAACCGAAAUGCUCAUUUAUCGAAAUCUUUCCCGCAUCCCGCAUCCCGCAUCCCGACCCGCAGACCCGCACCCUCUCCGACGAAUUCCUGCCGAAAUGUUAAAUGCAUACGGAGUGUGGAUCAAAGAAACGAGUGAUGUUGCGCUUUUAUUCGUUCGUUCGCGUUUCGACGUUAAACGACGUUCAACCGACACGAUAGUAAUUGACAAACGAAAAUGGAACGCGGCGUACGCGGUACACGGUAGCCGAGCGGUAGAAAAACGAUGGGCGUAUAUCUGUUUGGAACGAUUUAGUAAUAUUACUAUAUUUAUCGCGAAAUUUACUACGAGACGUAUAAGGAUACAUUUGCUCGUAGGGUUGGAAUUACAGGGGACGGGAUACGGUAUCGCGGCUAUGGCGCUUAUAUCGUAUCCAUCGUAUCCUCUUACCGAAUCGAUGCGAAUCGCCCGCGCGCGCUAUCUUCAUCCCCUUGGCCUGCCCGCGGAAAGUGUCUACAUUCGUAUUCGCGAAAGAAAAAGCCAAGUCACUAAGACCGUCGCACGAUAAGGAACUAUAAUUACUUGUUACUAUGAAAUUUAUUAUUACAUCGAUGCUGUUUUUGCGAUUACUACACUAGUUAUUUUAAAGCUUUCUUAUUGCGAUUUCUCUAUUGUACCACUUAUAUACAACUUGAUGCACGAAUUUUUUGAGAAUAAAUAUUUAUGAAACGCUCCA